CUCUUGACGUCACAACUCCAGGACUGAGCGCCGAGCGCGCGCCGCGCUUCGAUCACCGGCAAGAUAAAGAGAAACAUACAGCCCGUAUCGACAACCCAGUCAAUACAAGCCCGUCUUUCCAACGGGUACUCACAAGACAGGCUUCAGUUGAUGCCCGGGGGUGUUGGACUAGAUUUAUGCGGAGGUAGAUUUUUUUCCCUGCAGCUAUACAUCUUUACGGAGUCCCGAGAGAGGCCCGACUCACCUGAUUCGCGUGGGCGGGAGACGACGGGGGCAGGCCCGGGGAUACGCGUUGUGGGUCCGGCGGUAGGUAGCUGGCAAUACCAGAGGCGGUGAGUCAGCAACCAAAGCUCAGCAGCCCCUGGUUUCACCAGUUGGGGUUUGGGAGUUGGAGUGUGGGCAACCCUUCCAAGAAACCGCAGUGCUAGUUCUUGGACGUCGUCCGGAGAGUGCUGGCAAAGUAGUGGGCUUCGUGCGUACCUCCGUUGGUCAGACAGUCCAGACAUCCCAUGACUAAGAUGCUCUAGCUGCAGUUGUGCUGGAGGAAGAGAGGCUUCCGCUGCAACAUAGCCAGAACGCACCUCGACAACGCACCUCAACAUCAUCAAAUGAAGUGGUUGUAACGUUUGCGAGGAAUGGAUCAAAAGAUGGGGGUGUCAUCAACAUCACGUGGUUGUAAUUAGAGACCAGAGGUACCGUGCCGCGUCAGCUGCCACAGGGGGUACCUGCAAGCGGUCGGGAUUGGUAAUCCCGUGUUUUCACGCUGACGAGGAUUACCAUGUUGCACAGGACGCGUCAACAUCUCUAUAACGCCGCCCGCACCUGACGGAGAAAUGCUCGGGAACUGAGUCUCUGAUUUUGCAGGAUGGAGAGAGAGUCCACCUGCUCGGUUGAGCCUGUCUCAUCUGACAGGUCGAUCGACAUCGAACACAACCUCAUCUCUUUCGCAGACGUCGAGCAAUGGCUGGACGACAACCCAGAGUGCUUCGAAGAUUACUUCUUACGCAAGGGAAGGACAGAAAGCGUUCGAAAAUGGCUCUCGUUGCACCACGACGCCAACGAGGAACUCACGGCGGCACCCGUGUCCAACAAGUACGUCCAAGGCACCACGCUAGAUUCCAACACUUCGGGACGACCGCCGCCCUCGAAAGCGCAUUUGCGCCACCAGUUCGCUCGCUCGCGAACCCGUAACGUCAACUUUGCCACCUCGGAGUCCGGAGUUUCCGUCGAAAAGGAGGAAAGCCGCGACUCAGACAGGAACAAAGACAAGAGGAUACGUUUCAGGAAAGCAAACUCUCUCCCUCCCAACCCUUCCAACAUCCUCAGCAUGCUUUUGAAAUCCAACGUCCGUCUCCCUCGAGUCAACAGCAAAGAUAUCGAAGACAAGAGGCGCUUGAAAGCCGAAAACGAGCGGGAAUUCUUUCUGGAGAUUGUCAAGGAUAUGGCUAACGACUUGGACUUAACGUCGCUGAGUUACAAGAUCUUAGUAAACGUUGGGAUUCUGUUGGAUGCUGACAGAUGUUCGUUGUUUUUGGUGGAGGGUCCAAAAGGGAGGAGGGAGUUAGUGUCGAAGGUGUUUGACGUUCACGCAGGGACGAACGUUAUGCCUGGAUACGUCGGGGACAAUGUGGUGAGGAUCCCGUGGGGGAUGGGGAUCAUCGGCUACGUAGCAGAACACGGUGUACAGCUGAAUGUGCCAGAUGCUUACCAGGACAGCAGAUUCUGUGACGAGGUAGACAAGUCGACAGGGUACCGGACCAGGUCCAUCCUCUGCAUGCCCAUCAAGGACAGUGAGGGGGAGGUCAUCGGCGUGGCGCAGGCCAUCAACAAGAACCCGGAUGGAAUGCCGUUUGAUGAAGAAGACGUUAAGGUAUUUGCGACGUACUUGCCAUUUUGCGGUAUUGGCAUCACCAACGCUAAGCUCUUCGACAUUUCUAUGAGGGAGCAGGAAAGAAACAGGGUUUUGCUGGAAGUGGCCCGGGACUUGUUCGAGGAGCAGACGUGCCUUGAUAGUAUCGUGCUGAAUAUCAUGAUGAAGGCCCUGACCUUGAUGAAGUGCGAGAGAUGCUCAGUUCUCUUCCUCAAGAAUGAGGGAGACCAGGAGCUGUCGUUCACGAAAUCUUUCAACCUUACAUCUUCCUUUUCUCACACAAGCAGGUUCUCGGGAAAGAUGCGCAGAGUGUUUGAACCUAUUUUGGAGGAUUAUACGCUCUAUACGGUCCAAAGUUCAGAAAGUGGUUCUGCCCCCCUGGUUUCCAACGGAAUUAUGGACUAUGUGGCGUCCAGAGGGGAGGCGGUCAACAUUCCGGACGCCUAUCAGGACCCUCGCUUUGAUUCCGAGUCCGAUAAAGUGCUCGGCAUUCGGUCGAAGAGUAUCAUGUGUGUGCCCAUCUGGGACAACCACCACGAAAUCAUCGCGGUUGCGCAGCUUCUCAACAAACUAGACGGACACCCAUUCGAUGAAGCGGACGAACAAUUGUUCAAGGCAUUUGCCAUCUUCUGUGGCCUUGGCAUCAACAACACCCUGAUGUACAGUGAGAUCACGAAGGCCAUGGCCAAGCAGUCUGUAGCACUGGAGGUCGUGUCGUACCACGCAGUGGUGUCAGAGGAAGACGUAGAGAGUUUAAAACUUGAUGCCAAUCCUGGGGCAUCCAGUAUUCCGGUCGUGGAGGACUUAGACCUCAAUGCCUUUACGUUUAACGAUUUCUUAUUGAACAGAGAUGAGAUGCUGACUGCUUCAAUAAGUAUGUUUGAGUCUAUGGGCCUCGUCAAUAAGUUUCAGAUAGACUAUGAGACGCUGUGCAGGUUGAUGCUGACUGUGAGGAAGAACUACAGAAACGUGGCCUACCACAACUGGAGGCACGCCUUCAACGUGUGCCAGGUCAUGCACGCCUUGCUCACGAAUGGUGGUAUGGGAGAAGACUUAUUCUCAGAUGACCCAGGUGACCAAUUAAGGCAACAAGCAGGGGGCCUCGCUGAGAAGAUGUCGUCCAUGGAGAUGUUGGUUCUUCUUGUCGCUUGUCUCUGUCAUGACCUGGACCACAGAGGAACGAACAACGCGUUCCAGCAAAAAAGCCAGUCGCCGCUUGCCAAACUGUACGGAACUUUUGCCACCAUGGAGCACCACCAUUUCAACCAUGCCGUCAUGAUUCUUAACAAUCAGAGCCACAACAUAUUUUCCAACCUCACGAACGAAGAAUACAGUAAGGUGAUGAAAAUGUUAAAGCACGCCAUCUUGUCGACGGACCUCACACUGCACUUCCAGAUUAGGAAGGAGUUUUUCUCCCUUGCGAGCAGUGGCGAGUUUGACAGAAAUGACAAGAAGCAUCGCGAAAUGUUACGUGGUAUGUUGAUGACGGCAUGUGAUCUCGCUGCUGUUACAAAACCCUGGGAAAUACAGAAAAAGGUUGCCGAACUGGUGACGAGUGAAUUUUUUGACCAAGGAGACAAGGAGCGCGCUGAGCUCAACUUGGAACCAGCGGCUUUGUUUGACAGGCGAAGAAAGGACGAUCUACCAGAGAUGCAACUUGGGUGGAUAGACAGCGUUUGUUUCCCUCUUUAUGAGGCUCUGGUAAAAGUGGAACCAAGACUAGCACCUUUACGGGAUGGAGUCAUGUCGAAUCGGGACAAAUGGCUGAAACUGAACGAAGAGAGAAAAAGCAGCAUGAGUGUUCAGAGUGACGAGGACAGGGCCAUAGCAGGAAGUACAGAUUCCGGUGGAGAGGACCCUAGCAGUGUCACAGCAGAAUACAGGGAGGAAGAAGCCCUACGCAGAAGUUUUGACAGCAUAGAGGAAGGCCCUUCCAGUCCGAAAGCACCUCCCCCUACACCGAGGGAAGUCAAAGCCGUACACUUCCAGGAACCUCUGUUCGAGCGGAGGGGGUUGACGUCUAAACGGCAUAGCAUCACGGGAAGACCGUUUGACCGUAGGUUAAAGGUACAAACCAGCAUAUCCGACCGGCAAAUCAUCGUGUCGAGAAAAUGGAGAAGCUACGAGGAGAAGGGAGGCAAUGGUGCACAGUCUUGACGAAAAAAAUAGACGUACUUUCUGUGAAAACAGAGCUCUGAAAUAUUUGCAAGACGCCAUCUUGGAUACGAAUGGCAUGAUGGGACAAUCGGAUGGCCCAUCGGCUCCUGCAGCUGUGGUUUGUUGUGGACCAAUAAAUGGCUCCUAUUGGUGGACUGAUUUCCAUACCAGGACCCGGAUGUUGGAAAUGAAGAACGCGAAAUUGCUGUAAAAGGUUGUGAGUUAAAACGUCCUGUUAUGUUUUGAAGAACUCGGAUUGGUUCAUUCCAAAACAGGACUGUGAGCUCGUCCAUAGGAGCCGUGCCUUGACAUGGAUGAGGUGUAUCUAUUACAUAAUCAAUGAAUUUCAAAUGUUCCUUUUUUUCUAUUUUCGGUGAGGGCUAUGUCGAAGAAGUGGAGCAUAAUUACUUAUACUUUAUACAGCUGGCUACAAUUUUGCCGGCUCAUAGAUAAUUAUUAAGUUAGGUUAUGUUUAUGAGAUUUGAAACAUGUCAUUGCUGAUGUAAUGAAGGCAUUUGACACCGUUCAAAAUAUCACGUGUCUAAAAAUGUGAAAAUCCAUUUUUUUCAGAUUGCAACAAAACACAAAAUAUGUAUUCCUAGUAGUAGUAGCACUUUUUAAGUUUGACUAACUAAAACUUUUGCGAGCACAACAUUCCAAUUUUAGAACAAACUAUUUACUAUUAACGAUGUAAAAACUGUUGUCAAAGCUGUACCUGAAACAAAACAUAAUCAUUAUGUUUUUUGUUUCUUCAUUUUUUCCUUCUCAAAGAAGCAAAAAAAUCUCCGUAUUUGUGGAGAUCUUGUAUAGUAUAAAUAAUGAUCGUGCCUAUACAGUACAAACUAACGUGUCUGCACCGAAUAUGCGACCAAUGCAAGAAGUCACUGGACCAUUUGUACGAAAUUCCCUAUAAAUACAUGUAUACAUUAUCUAGUGGACUCUAGUUGUGUUCAGUAAUAACAAAAAUAAUAUUUCAUGUCGGUGACAUUUGUAAUGUAUCAUUCUUGCCGAAUCUUGUGACGUAUUCAACGUUUCAUAUUCUUGUCUCAACCCAUUUGCAAGUGAUAGAGUGCGAUCAUAGACUCUAUUUGAUGAAGUGCGUUUACGUAAUGAUUCUAUCCUUUGUGUCGGACAAAUGGUGUAUAUGAGUACCUCAUGCAUAUCCUUUUUAGCAGUAUUGACGAAGGAUAUACUUUAGAAUAUUUCAGUAUUAUUGACGGAGAUAUGGGUUGCCUACAUACGCUCCAGUUUGUGUCAUUUCUCUUUCUGAGCUUUUGCAUUUGCCGAACGCUGCGAAUGUGUUCAUAAGUAAGAGUUUUUAAAUAACCCAAGCAAGAUGGUGACCAAAAGUAUCAUUGAGGAGUCACAUGUGUAUAGUUCCAUCUCUUGUGGGUCUUCCGACCCGCAUUUGUCCACAAAAAGACAUGGUUAUACCCAUAUAAUGCCGCUUAAAUAAUGUUGUGCUCGUGGCCCAAGAACAGAAAUCGUCAGAGACAUCAACAAUGUUUUUCUACCAGCUGACAAACCUACCCUUUGUAGAAGUGCCAUGACCUUCACAUCAAAGUCGGUAGGGGGCGCACAUGCUCCACCGAUAGCACAACUUGGGACUGGUCAGCCACACUCGAGCCAUUGACUUUGAAAUAUCAACCAUUCAAUUACUCUUUGUGGAUCAUGCAUCUACGUUUCUAUAAGAAUUCUACAGAAUUACAUGAACAUAGACAAAAUAAACUGUGAUUAGAAA